AUGUGUGACGGCUGUCAAGUGUCAGAGAGUGACAUACCAGUGUGUUCGUCGUGGUCAGUGUGCAACAAAGUGGACACUUAUGGUUCUCCUCGUAUUGAGAGACAGUGUCGCUGUACGAAGCCUCGAGUCUGUAGCACCAGUUUAAGUCCCUCUGACGGCUUUACUCUGACUGAUAAGAACAGACAGUAUAAGGUGUGUGAGCCAGUGAGUAACCUACCCAGGUGUAGGUACUUCAGAGACGUCACCUGGACCUAUAUCACCUACCCUGAUAAUAUUACGCAGCAGGUGAUCCACUGCCUCUGCCCCAGGAAUGCUGUGGCCUAUAUUAUAAAACGCCAGGCCUAUAAAUCCCAGCAAGGAUUGGGCUUCCAGUACAGCUUCGCCUGUUCCCCACACAGUAGACUACGAUGUCAGCGGAAGGAACCGUGCCGCUUGUUCACGGUCAAGAAGAGACCACAGUUCGAGGAGGUGAACACUAAUACCCUGUGUGUGUGUCCUCAUGGUCACCAGUGUCCCCUGCACCACAUGGACCCAGGGGUCGUCCCUGGCAAAACUUAUACCGAGGACUAUAUUAGGACUUACAGCGGAUACUGCUUGUAGGGAUGGUACUUGUCACUGGUUAUUUGGGAUGGUACUUGUGUCCCUUGUUAGUGAGUAGUGAUGGUACUAGUGUCCCUGGUUAGUGAAUGGUGAUAGUACUAGUGUCCCUACUUAGUAUUUGUGGCACUGGUGUCCCUAGUUAGUAGUUAUGGUACUAGUGUCCCUAGUUAGUAGUGAUGGUACUAGUGUCCCUAGUUAAUAGUGAUGGUACUAGUGUCCCUAUUUAGUAGUGAUGGUACUAGUGUCCCUAGUUAGUAAUGGUACCUGUGUCCCUAGUUUGUACUGAUGGUACUAGUGUCUCUAGUAGUUAUGAUACUAGUGUCCCUAGUUAGUAGUGAUGGUACUAGUGUCCCUAGUUAGUAAUGAUAGUACUAGUGUCCCUUGUUAGUAGUGAUGGUACUAGUGUCCCUAGUUAGUACUGAUGGUACUAGUGUCUCUCGUUAGUACUGAUGGUACUAGUGUUCCUGGUUAGUAGUUAUGCUAUUAGUGUCCCUUGUUAGUAGUGAUGGUACUAGUGUCCCUAGUUAGUACUGAUGGUACUAGUGUCUGUAGUUAGUAGUGAUGGUACUAGUGUCCCUAGUUAGUAGUAGUGAUGGUACUAGUGUCCCUGGUUAGUAGUGAUGGUACUAGUGUCCCUGGUUAGUAGUGAUGGUACUAAUGUCCCUGGUUAGUAGUUAUGGUACUAGUGUCCCUGGUUAGUAGUUAUGGUACUAGUGUCCCUAGUUAGUUAUGGUACUAGUGUCCCUAGUUAGUACUGAUGGUACUAGUGUCCCUAGUUAGGAUUUAUGGUACUAGUGUCACUAGUAGUGAUGGUACUAGUGUGUGUGUACUCACCUAUAUGUUAUUGCAGUGGUUGAACCACAGCUCUUGGCCCCGUGUGUGUGACUGUACAUUACUGUACAUAAACUAAUAUAUUCUA